AUGGUCUCGAAACGGAAACGCGAUAUCCUCGAUGGAUUCGACCCCAACAAGUCGGAUUCCGAAGACGAGAACUUCGACCCUACCGAGGAGCGCCCGCGGCCCAGGAGUGCCAAGAAGUCACGCCAAUCGAGGCCAAAAGGUCCGCGAAAGAAGUCCAACAAAUACAGGGGAUCUGACAUCGACGAUGACGAUGAAGUCUCCGACAGUGGAAACGACGAAUCUUUUGAUGAAGAGGAUGAGGAGGAGGAGGAGGAAGACGAGGAUCUGCCUAUGGGCGCGACUGGCAGAAGAAUGAGAAAGGCAGCUGUCAAGCAACAAUCCUACAAAGAGAGUAGUGAGGAUGAAGAGGAUGUGAUCAAAGACUCGGAUGGGGGUGACGAUGACCCCGAGGAUUCAACACCAAAGAAGCCAGCUGCCCGCCCUUCCAGAAUCGUGGUUCUAAAAACGAACCCGCGGGCGCAGCGAGCAUCAAAACGCGGGAAGGAAGAAUCCGCCCCGCCUCAACCACCCGCUCGCCGGACCAGAGCUCGUACUGAGGAAGUAGACGAAACGUUUAUGGAAUUGUCAAAUUCUGGAAGGCACGCAAGACCAGCACGCGCGUCGCGCAGCCGAAGCCCCGAAGCCAUGGCUCGGACGAUGCGCGCCAAUCGAGGAGGGAAGGGAGUCAAGAAGCCGCCCGCUCCCAUCGAAGAGGCGACACAAGAAACUGAUCCCAAGGACGAGCCUGACCAAACUAUGGAUUCGCCGGAUGAGCUUGCCCUUACUAAGCGUGAAGACGAGCCAGAGGAUCAGGCCGGAGAAGAAAAUGCCGCUCAGGCUGGGGAACAACCCGAGGAUGCCGCCAUGGAGGACCAGCAAGAAGAACCCGCUCAAAUCGAGGCGCCGGAAGUAGAGGAGGACGAUGACGAUGAUGCGCCCGUUACUCGACGAACUCGGGCCUCGAGAGCGAAUGUCGGUGCGCCAGCUGCGGUCGAAGAGACUAACACCGAGCCGGAAACAACGAGAGGUGGCCGCCGUCUUAGACAGAGGCCGGGACUUCAAAACAAGAGCUUACAGGAGCCAAGCAGCGAUUUCGAGCCUGGCGAAGAAUCUGGCGAAGGCGAAGGCUCUGGCUCGGAAGCGGCGAAGAGUGACGUUGGCGGUGAUAACGAAUCCACUCCGACACCUCGGGGGCGUGGUUCUCGUGCUCAGAGCCGCCGGAGCCGCCGCAAUAGGCAGGAUUCUGGCGAUGAAGAAGUGGAGCUCGAUAAAGACGAAAUGGCGGAAGAGCUUGAAGAACUGAGGGAGAGUUCCAGGUCACGCCCACGUCGCACUCGACGCCGAUCCCCGUCAAUUCAGUACGAGGAGCGGACUUCCAAAAAACGCCGCACAAAGCCGGUCGACUACAGCAUCCCUGCGAUUGACCCUGCCGCGCUCGAGGUUGAAGAUGACGAGGAGCCGGUUGCGACGCCCGCAAGAAACCGCAGGGCGGGCAAAGGUGGUAGCAGCCUGGCAUGGGAACGAACCCUCAAUACCACGUAUGGCCCCUUUGGUGGCGGCGGCGGAGCUGGAGCGUUGUUCGGAGGGCCUUGGGGGACUGGGGCAACAGGCGGGGUGGACUCCGAUAGUAGUGACGACGAAAUGGUCCAGCGGUCUGGUGUUGGUGGCACCGUUGGCAUGACACCCACAACAGCUGCGCCGCCUGUCGGCCUCUUCAAUACUGGUCAGAGCCAUAACGCCGAUGGCGUUGGAGGCAUUGGAGGCGCCACGCCGCAGGUCGGCAAGGUCAAGAACCAGAAGGCAUUUGCUGAUGCCGACCCUCUUGGAGUGGACCUAACCGUCGACUUCAGCAAGGUCGGUGGCUUGCAGAGUCACAUCGAUCAGCUCAAGGAGAUGGUUCAGCUCCCACUCCUUUACCCAGAGCUGUUUCUCAAGUUCCAUGUAACCCCCCCUCGGGGUGUCUUGUUCCAUGGCCCACCCGGCACAGGUAAAACCCUCCUUGCCAGAGCCCUCGCCAAUUCAGUUGGCUCUGGCGGCCGCAAAAUUAGCUUCUACAUGCGCAAGGGAGCGGAUGCCCUCAGCAAGUGGGUUGGUGAGGCCGAAAAGCAACUGCGGUUGCUGUUUGAGGAAGCGCGGAGAACGCAGCCCAGCAUCAUCUUCUUCGACGAGAUCGACGGCCUUGCACCCGUGCGGUCAAGCAAACAAGAGCAAAUCCACGCCAGCAUCGUCUCGACACUCCUGGCGUUGAUGGACGGCAUGGAUGGCCGUGGUCAAGUUAUUGUCAUCGGCGCAACCAACCGUCCCGAUAACAUCGAUCCUGCGCUUCGUCGACCUGGGCGCUUCGAUAGGGAGUUCUACUUCCCUCUGCCUGACUUCGAGGCGCGCCGGUCUAUCAUCGAUAUUCACACCAAAGACUGGGGCAUUUCGGAUGACUUCAAGAACGGCCUCGCGGAGAAUACUAAGGGCUACGGAGGUGCCGACCUCCGGGCGCUUUCCACAGAAGCCGCUCUCAAUGCCAUCCAGAGAACAUACCCGCAAAUCUACGGCUCGAAAGAAAAGCUGAUUGUGGACCCUGACAAGAUCACAGUCCAUGCGACCGACUUCAUGAUUUCGGUCAAAAAGAUGGUUCCCUCCUCCGAGCGGUCAACCUCGUCGUCGGCCUCGCCGCUACCACGUCUAGUAGAGCCGCUCCUGAGAAAUCAAUACAGGGCCAUUCUGAGGGUUUUGGAUAAUAUCCUCCCGCGCCCCAAGAAGACCACUGCUCUCCAGGAAGCCAUGUACGAGCCGUUUGAAGAUGCGGACCAUGGCUUCGGCAGGGAGGCGAUGCACCAGGAGUUUGAGCGCUCGCGCAUCUUUCGUCCCCGGCUUCUUAUUUCCGGUGUGCCUGGGAUAGGCCAAAAUUAUCUGGCGGCUGCUAUUCUGCAUCAUCUAGAAGGGGUACAUGUACAAACGAUGGAUCUCGCUACGCUGUUGGGCGACGGACGGCCCAUGGAACAGGUCAUCGUUAGUCGGUUCACGGAAGUGAAGCGGCACAAGCCGAGCGUCAUCUUCGUUCCGAGCGUCGACAUAUGGUGGAGCAGCAUCACCGACGCAGCCAUCACGACAUUCACCACCUUGCUACGGAGCAUACCACCCUCCGAUCCCGUUCUUCUUCUGGCAACGUCUGAAUGCAUGCCCGAACAGUUGGCGCCCGAGAUUCUCAAGGAGCUAUUUGGCUUUUCCAAGAAGAACCGGGCCGUUGUCGAGCGCCCGGAGCGGAUUCACCGCAAGUACCGGAAAUUCAGGCAACCAGUGAUUCCCUUCGCGCAGAUAGCGUAUCUAUUCGACGAAGCCGACCCAAAUUUCGUCCGUCCCGAUAUUGUCCAGACCGAAAACAGGCCGUACGAGAUCGCGAAGGACAAGGAAGGCACUGAAGGUAUUCGGGAGACGGCUACAGGGAAGUUCUUCUACAACCUAGAGAGCACCACCAUCGAGGAGCGCUUGGCAAAUGGCUACUACGCCAGACCCAUCGACUUCUACAAGGACAUCAAUAGGUUGUACCUCGACGCCAAAAACUCGGGUGAUCGAGACAGGACACUCAAGGCGAAUGAGCUCCGCACCAACGUUGAGGUUGAUGUGCAUGACAUUGGACAGACUCUUGCCAACCAAGGUAUCAGGUUCGAGGAAAUCUUCCAGAGGCAGCUGCAGAGGGUCAAGGAGGCGGAAGAGAAGGCCCGUAAGAGGAAGGCGCUGCAGCCCGUGGUUGAUCUGAUCCAAUCCGAUAUUCCAGGCGAUGGCGACAGUGACUCGCAAGGCCCAUGGCCCCAUAUCGGAGGUCGCCCACCACUCGGAGACUCAACCAGGGCCACCGCAGGGACACAGUUCUCGCAACGUUCGGCCGUCACUUCGAUCCCUCCGGGUGUAUCUCCAUCCGCCAUUCUCAAUGAUGCCUCAACUACCAAAAACAUCAUGCACACCCAGAGACCUUGGGUCAGCACCAGAGCGGCCAUUCGACCAUUCUCAGCCAGUCAAGCUGCAAGUGGCAGGGAAUGGGCGCAUUCCCAAGCAGCCGCCAUGGCCCAGGGGCAUCCUUCAGCCCCGGGUGGGAAUGGGGCUCCAUGGGCCCGCCCCCAGGUAGCGGUGCUGCGUCUAUUCGAGUUUCAGAUGACAAUAUCCCCCUCAUCCUCUCAAACAACGGCCCGGUCCCAAAAAAACCUCAUCCAGCGCGCGCACAGCGGCAGCAAGGGAGGCCCCGGCACGUCCCUCGCCUCCCUCACCCGCGGGCACAACUCCCUCCGACAAUCCGGCUCCAACGCCUCCUCGCAGCAGCCCGUCAUCCACGACGGAAGCCUCUACGAGUUCCUGCAGACGCUGGCUGACCGCACGUCGGGGUGCAGCGUCGAGCAGCUGGAGCAGAUCUACAGGGAGCUCAUGGACGAGAUCUGGAAGACGCGGCACGAAUGGAACCGUAUGACGGUUCUGAACACGCUGAUUUCCGUCUUCAAUGACACCAUUGGCGACAUCGAGCUGGUGCAGGGCGCGCUGGUCGAUAGCCAGAAGCAGAAGGGCAAGGGCGGUGACGGCGACGCCGAUGGCGAGGUGCUGGAGAGUGUGGAAGGCGUCCCGGGGACUGCUGGGUUUGUCGGCAGUCAGAGCCAGAGCCAGAGCCAGGGGCAGGGCAAUGUCACGGAGGAGCCGUGGGUUUAUUUGGGGAGGGCGUGA